AUGACUACGGAAAAGAAGCGCAAGCUGCCUCCGCGCGCCGCGGCGAGGUCAGAGCAGGCCGCCAAGCGAAGACAGACCGACACGCCCCCGACCUCGACAAAGUCUUCCACGCCAGCGCCCGCGCCCCAAAAGGAACCCGAACCAGAGCCUGUUGUCGAGGAGCCGCCCAAGCAGACGUUGCCCAGUUCCAUCGCAGCGGGAAAGCCGCUUCCUACCGUCGAGGAACCGCAGCCCGAAGACCUUUCGACCAAGGACUACCAGACUCUGCAAGAAAGUGGUGUUCUUCACGAGUCAUUUGUCCGAUCGCGCAACCAAUGGAUGAGCGAGCAAAUAUUCGAAAAGUACUGGACCAAGCCCAUAAAGAAGAGGGGUGCUGUCAUCGAGGAGCCCAACAAUCCUCCCAAGGACAGCAUGGUCAAGUUGGGCCAGGUGACCAUUACGGUUGAACCACAUGUCUUUGAGGCGACCAUGUUCGCGGUUAAGGACCCCAACCCUCCUCCGCCAAAACCACCAACCGAUAAGCGACCGAUCCUCGAAUACGGGCCCCCGAAUGGGGUCAUGCCACCUCCUCCUACACCCAAGCCCAAGUCAGUGGCAGCCUCGACGUCGUCAACACCUACGCUAGCGGCAUCAGACGCGAAGCAGCCAACCACAACAGAGAAGGAUCUAAAGGCCACCUCUGCAACAACACCACAAGCAGAGGCUAAGCCCCAAACACCAGGAACGUUGGCAGCGCAACCGACGCCACAGACACGGACGAUCAAACCACCACCGAACGCGCAAACUGCUCCUAGUCCAGCUGCCCCGGCCCCGCCUACACUUGCGAAGCCCGCUGGUACACCUAGAGGUAUAGAAUCACUUCUUUCCCCAUCUCCAACCCUGGCCACUCCGCGAGCUCCGACCACAGCACCAGUUGUUGGUGCGCAGCCAUCCCGACCAGUACCCUUCCCAGCCACUGUCCCACCAAAUGCUACGGCCCCGGCCACCCCGUCAAUACCAUCCGGUGUCCCUCCAAGGCCAGCAACAGGGGCGCCAGCAGCGCCAGCAGCUCCUGCCACGCCAAGACCCGCUGCCAAUGGCGCGGCACCAGCCAAGCCAGCUGCGGGGGCAGAUCCAAUCAUCCUUAUGCUAGCCGAGAAGGCUGGUGAAGACCCUCAACUCAGAGAUCUCAUGAAACGGGUGGCCCAGGGAGAGGCCUCUAAGCAGGAGCUUGAGCGAUUCCAGGGUAUCAUUGACGCCAUCACGUCAGAAAGUAAGCGGAAAAGCAACAUUCCAGCGCCACCAGCGGCGGACAAGUUAUUCGUCGAUGGGAAAACGGUUCAGUAUUUCGCGGACGAGGUAGACGACAUACUUGACAUUGUUCUAGCAUCCAACCCCAAGCAAAAGUCCUCUACUUUACAACCACCCGAAAAUAGCGACGCCCUUCUGGUCUCGCUAGUAAAGAUAGCUCUGGACGAUGAAAAGACGAAGGAAAUGGUCCGGCGUAUAGCCCACAACAAGCCUCAACCCACCGAUGCCACGGAUCUCAAGGCGAUUUUGGAUGUCGCGCACUCUAAUAUCGUCAGUAAAACGAAGCAACAGCAGCGACGUCAAUCAACGGCUUCGGCAGCUGGAUCAUCAAAACAAGCUAACGGCGCGAGCAAUGGGGCCAAUGGCGGCGCAGCAACAACCUCGGAGGCAAACGCUGCUGGAGAUAAGAAGACAGAGAAGGUCGAAAAGGCCACAAAGGAGAAGGGAGAAAAGGCCGAGAAGGCAUCUGCCUCACAGGCGCUUCGCUCCAAAGGCCCACCACCACCGCCCAAGCAACCAGAUUACUCGGCCAUAGUCUUUGAGUUUGCGGGAGGAAACGGCGAUCGGUACCUUUUCCCCAAGUUCAGCCUUCUAGAUUAUCAGGAGAUUUCCAGUACUAGCACUAGCACCAGCACUACCCAAGGACAGCAACAACAGCAGAAGCAACAGCAGGUAGUGGCGUCAUUCUUGAUUAUCAGGAGAGGAAGCAAGGCCGAAUACCCGAAGGCAGACCCGGAGCUUGACUAUUACCAGCCCAUGACGAUAAGAUUGUUUACGGCAGCUCCUAGUGGCAAGCAUUUGCUGGAUAACCUGGCGAGAGUCGUGGCGCCUGAGGAAGAGGUCAAGAGGUACAUGGACGAUAUUAUGGAUACCAUGCAACGAAGCGAAUACGUCCUCUUAGCCAUGAGGUUGCCCAGGCCAACCGAGACGCCAGAGAACGGCGAGGGAGAAAGUGGUGAUAAGGCGGCGGACGGGGCCGCUGCGGCCGGGCCAGCGAAGGGACAAAACGCCAAGGAGAAAGAGAAGGAAAAGGACAAAGAGGUCGUGAUGAUCGAUGCUCCAUCAAGAGCGGAAGAGCCAGCGGCAGAACCCAAAGCGCCAAAGGCGGCCAGGACAGGAGGCGUGUUGUGGACGACGUCAAACAAGCAGAUACCCAAGCCGGAGAUUAGGGAGCUUCCACCGAGGCGGAACGCUAGAAUCAUGCUGGAGACUACGGAAGAUGAACAGUACCAGAGCUUCAUCCAGACGGUUACCAGAAAGGAUAAGGAGGUGGUAAGGUGA